AAAUAAAAGCGAAAUGUCUUUUCCCCUACAGCAAGAGAGGUCAGGAAUAGUGAAAUCGCCAUGCCCGCCGCCAUGAGAAAGACGAUGGAGUCCCCGGAACUGUACGGAGCCCAUGAUCGAGAAUCCGGAGAAACAGGAAGCGUCUCUCGCUACGAGCAAUGCAGGGAAGAGAGGAUCAAGGAGAAUCUCCAGCGAAUGCAAAGCCUAGGGAUUUUGGACCUCUCCCUCAAACUCAGAUCCGAAACCCGACCCGCCAAAAGGCCCUUCGGUAACUCUGAUUCGGGUCGAAAAUCGACCCGCGGUUGUCCUCCCGUUCAGCUUUCAGGACCCACCCGACGUUCUUCCAGAUUGCAGAAUGUGUCCCCAGUUUCGUACUCGGAGGCUGUUGAGGCCAAAAGGGGAAAAUCAUUAGAACACGUGACUGUUCAGCUAGAAGAAGGAGCCAGGCCUGAGAUUUACACUGAGGAACACGAGAAGCUUCUCGGGAACACAGAGCGAAGCUGGACGUUCUUCGUGGAUGGUUACGGGAAAGAUGGGAAACGGAUUUAUGACCCUGUUAAUGGAAAGACUUGUCACCAGUGCAGGCAGAAAACGCUUGGGUAUCGUACUCAGUGCAGCCAAUGCAACAUGGUCCAGGGACAGUUCUGUGGAGAUUGUUUGUACAUGAGAUACGGGGAACAUGUCCUGGAAACUUUGGAAAAUCCAGAUUGGAUUUGCCCUGUCUGCCGUGGGAUUUGCAACUGCAGUCUCUGCCGUACUCAUAAAGGUUGGCUCCCAACUGGAGCAAUUUACAGAAGGAUAUCCAAACUCGGGUACAAGUCUGUUGCGCAUUAUCUGAUUCAGACCAAACUGUCGCUGACAAACUCUGAGGAAAAGCCUGAUGACACCCCCAACCAAACUUCUGCAAAGAGAUCUCUUAGCUUUCAAGAAGUAGAAGCAUUGUUCCAAGAGCAUCCCCAUCUGAAGACAGCCGAUGAUGAUCUCCCCAAAAUUCCAAAGAUGCAGGAUCUGGACAAUCAAAACGAUGAUCAUCACAUUGAUGAUAGAUCAUUACAGGAGAAGGGAAAUAACAAAAUGGGAAAUCCUAAUAACGAUGGACAUGUUGACUGUGAAGAGGAUGGUGAUUUCUUUCAGGAAGAGGAAAAUCAUUCGAACAAAAACCUGAAUUCACCCAGGAGGUCACUGAGCUUCAUUCCUUCCGGUGACAAGCAAGCUUCAGAGAAUUUGUCACCAGAAGAGGCAGGGAAGGAGCAGAAAGAAAGCAGCAGAGCAUAUGAAAGCUGUUCAGAAAGGACAUGUAAGAGGAGGAAAGUCUCUCUUGAACCGAACCCAGAUAGUAUUGCUGGAAGACUGAGGCAGAGACGUAGGAGUGGAAGUGGGAUCGCCAUUGAAGAUACUGCUUAGUACAAGGAAAAAACCAGUUCAAGCUCUGUUCCACCGGACAAGUCAGAAGCUUUGGACGGCCAAAGGUUCUUACGAAAGAAUCAGGAUCUUGAACGAAGAUGAAGACAGGAAAAUGUUAAGCUCACUUCUUGGCUUCGUCACUUGGGACAUGUUCCCGGCUUUUCUUUUUGUGUCAAUAUUGAUGAAUGGUUUAGUGGCAUGGUCUGAAAAUAUUCCUUAUUCUGAGGGUGAACUCGCUCCUUUUGAAAUUAUUUUCCAUGGACUUUAUGGCAAUUCGGCAAAAUGAUUUGGUGCACCA